CACCAACACAUAAACUAAAGUCUCAUCUUCUCCUUCUUGUCUGUCUCAAACAACCACAUACAAAAAAAAACAUAUCAUACAACACACAUACACCAUGAUAACGAGAGAGACUCUAAGGCUAAAAAGCAUCACAGUGAUGAUUCUUAUGGCAGUUCUGGUCUGGUCUGUAACUCUAGAGACCUGCAUUGCCAGAAAAGGAAGACAUUGGCGACACCACCAUAGCAGCUCCUCUGCUUCCUCAACUUUGUCUGAUUCCUUGUCCAGCAAGAAACCAAAAAGCCACCACAAUAGCCAUAGCCAUUCUCAUAAGUCAAAGCCAAAACUGAAAACCCCGCCGCUAAAAUCCGGCUCACCUGUCCUGCCACAACCACCACAAGUCCAACCGCCGCCACCACCAAAAGUCCAACCGCCAUCACCACCACAAGUACAACCGCCACGGCCACCACUUCCCCUGCAGCCACUUGAAGGGUCUCAAGAAUUCAAUGUGCUUGAUUUUGGCGCUAAGGGUGAUGGAAUGAGUGAUGACACUGAGGCGUUUGAGGCAACAUGGGCUUCUGCUUGCAAAGUGGAGGCGUCAACUAUGGUCAUACCGUCUGACUAUAUCUUCCUCAUUGGCCCUAUCUCCUUCUCAGGUCCUUAUUGUCAAGCAAACAUUGUAUUCCAGUUGGAUGGGAUGAUUGUAGCUCCUACAGACGCUGAGUCAUGGGGAAGAGGUCUUCUCUGGUGGAUAGAGUUCACAAAGCUUAAAGGAAUUACAAUACAAGGAAACGGUGUUAUUGAUGGAAGAGGCACUGGUUGGUGGCAACAAGAUAACCCUUUUGAUUACCCUAUUGAUGAUGACUUCAAACUCAUUGUCCCCUUAAAUAAUUCAGUUCAAGAACGUCCUCCAAUGCCGAUAAGAAGUGAGCUUAAUGGAAUGCCAAGCAUUAAACCAACGGCGCUUCGGUUCUAUGGGAGUAUUGACGUGACAGUGACUGGUAUAACCAUUCAGAACAGUCCUCAAUGUCACCUCAAGUUUGAUAACUGCGUCCAAGUUUUAGUUCAUGACGUGACCGUUUCUUCUCCCGGAGACAGUCCAAACACAGAUGGGAUUCAUCUUCAGAACACUAGAGAUGUCAUGAUCCACACUAGCACACUAGCUUGCGGAGAUGAUUGUAUUUCAAUUCAAACGGGCUGCUCCAAUGUGUAUGUUCACAAUGUGAAUUGUGGACCAGGACAUGGAAUCAGCAUAGGGAGUCUUGGUAAAGACAGUACCAAAGCUUGUGUCUCCAACAUAACAGUAAGAGAUGUAGUUAUGCACAACACAAUGACAGGUGUCCGGAUCAAGACCUGGCAGGGAGGUGUAGGAUCAGUGAAAGGAGUACUAUUCUCAAACAUUCAACUCACAGAGGUUCAGCUUCCUAUAGUGAUAGAUCAGUUCUACUGUGAUCACAGCAAAUGCAAGAACCAGACGUCAGCAGUGGCCGUGGAAGGAGUCACUUAUGAGAAGAUACGUGGCACUUAUACUGUAAAGCCUGUGCAUUUUGCUUGCAGUGACAGUUUCCCUUGCGUAGAUGUGCAAUUAUCAGGAAUAGAGCUAAAACCAGUGCAGCUACAGUACCACAUGUAUGAUCCAUUUUGUUGGAGAGCAUUUGGGUUACUCAAUUCGCCAACAGUUCCACCCAUUGAUUGCUUACAGAUUGGGAAGCCACCGAGAAAUGGAGUCCAUACAGAUCAUGAUAUAUGUGUAUGA